AUGUCUGCCAGGCAGCUGCGACGCCUGCAGAAUCUGGUGAAGGCCUCUACGGGAGCGGAUGACGAGGACGUCGUCGUCGCAGAGGAGUUGCACCCCUCAACGAUGAAGAUUCCAGGGGGCGGGAAGAAAUCUGCGCGGCGACAAAGGAUGACAGGGCGGAAGGCUCAAGUUGAAGCUGGCAGCCAACACCACCAGGAGGAAGAAUGGACGUUGGUCACCAGCCUCGACAAGACAGAUAUUCACAGGGAGGCAGACAACAGAAGCGAACGUGCUGCACUUGCGGGAAGGAGAGAGCCCGAGGUUGGAAGAAGGCUGAACAAGGAGGUGGAGGUGCGGGUCGCCAAGGUUGCGGUUGAUGGUGUGCAAGACAAGGAAGAGGUGACGAACGAGCGCCGCAACAAACGGCAACGCAAUAGGCACGCAAAGGCCAAACGUCGCGAAAAAGAGCGUGAAGAAGAAUUGUUACUGGAGGCAGCACUGCGACAACGAGAGGAGGAUGCAACCGUUGGUGGGGCUGGGCUUGACACGGGCGGUAAGAUGAGUGAGGAGGUGAAUCUUCUUGAGCUUCUCUCUGUUUGCGAUGCUAAAAAACUUGAUACACGAGAGGAGCGCAUUCGCCGCUUUGGUGCAAGAGCAGUGGAGGACGUCGGUGACGGCAGAGUUCCAACGCGGCGCGCAGAAAAUAGGCCAGCCUCACUUCUUUUUGCGGAGCAUGGACAUUUUGCGCCUCGCUUUUUCCAUAGCCUGUUGGCAACACCCAACCGCUACAGCUGGCCGCAAUACGACGGCCUCGGGGUGGCCCUUGUGGUGAAAGAGACCAAAGCCGCUAAGGAUAAUCAGACCGCCGAGGAUGAGGGUAAAACCACGGCAGGGAGUCCUCUUGUGUACUACCUUGAUGAUUCUACGGCCGAGACGCGGCGCGCGGACAUGGCACUGGCGGUUUGUGGUUCAACUCACGGUGGUGUGGAGGGUAUUAUGCAGUGCCUGGCCGCUGCGCCGUACCACAUCCCCACGCUUAUUAUUGCGAGCAAUGCGUUUGAGACGAUGGGUAGUGUCCCACGCGCUCAGGAGGCCAUUGACAUUGCACUGUAUCACGUGGGUGUAUUACUUUCGCGUUUUCCAGUUCGACAGACAGUGCGGCGACGUUGCCUGCCUUUCAGUAUAGCUUCCAACAAACAACUCUUUCAGGUUUUGCGUUGUGGGGUUCAGCAAGCACUUAGAAAGGCGGCCACCAGGACCGCAUGGGAGACUGCGAAACUGAUUUACUCCCUUGACGACACGGAUCCACUUGGGAUGCUAUUGCAACUUGACUAUUUGGCACUGCGGGCGAAGCGGUGGGCAUGGCUAGUGCAAGUGUAUUUUAUUGUGAUACGUGAAAUUGAGCGUGAUGCUGACGACAAGGAGGCGGGUAAUCUGAAUGACGCACGGUCCAACCGUGGACUGGCGUUGGCAUUGUCAACACUGCCCGGUUUCUUUUUUAGUGCCGCCCUCGCCAAAUACUUCCUCGAGCGAGAGGAAGCAACGUGCGUGGGCCCCACCGGGUCAUCUGGGAGCAAAACACCAAAUGUAAUACGUGAGAUGAAACCGCCGCAGCUACAUGCCCUUCGCAAUACUCCACCGGCUGCAGUGAUGCUUGCGCACGCUAUUGGCCGUUUUCCUUCUGCUGCUGUACUACUUGUUGAAAAAAUUGGAGGCCUAUCUGUACUUCCAUCAGCUCCAGCAUCAUGGCAGGAUGUUGUGAGGGCACACGAGAUGACUACAGAAGAGCAUGGUUUGCAUGUGGCGAGUAUGUGGGUGGCUAGGAAUGCCGAAAUGUGGAAGGCGGCAGAACCAAGCGCUUUUCUGCGUCGUGUGAUACAAGAGGACUACGUAAAUUGGCUAAAAACUUACAAUGACGCUAAUAAUAACACCUCUUCGACAGCUGCUGUUACCGUCACAGUGGAUGCCUUGCACCCUCUCACACCAUGGAAACAUGCACUGCUCAAGGAAGAGGACAUAUUGGGUCCGACCCUGAGUGCAAUCCCGGCGCACUUGCUGGACACGAACGAAUUUACUGAGGAAGAUCUGCGCGAUGAAGCGCGGCGUGCAACGAGCCACGAACUUGGCCCAAUGGAACAAAUCACCCUGCUGCGUUUUGAAGCUUUGUACGGGCCUCUGUCACCAGCGACACUCUUGCCGGCUGAGCGGCUUGCCAGGUAUAGUGCAAGGUUUGAGGAGGAAGGUAGAGGGCGCCAGAUUGGAGAGGAACACAACCCCCUUUUUCUUUUUUUUCGAACGUUCCUGCCUUGGAAUAGCAUGCAAGAGAUGACACUGCGCGCGGCGUUGGAUGCUGCUGGGAUUCCUGACCCUGCCGUCAACUUUAUUCGUCGACCGCGUCUGGAAGACGAAAUACUCUUGCAAGACGAAUACGAAGAGGAGGAGGAAAAUGGGUGGGAAACAGAGGAGAGUUGGUAUGACGAUGCAUUCUUUGUAGAAACUGACAGUGAUGAGGUCUAA